AUGAAAUCGAACCUUAACCGCUCUUGCAAAAUGAAACGUGAUUUUGAUUCUCUUCAUGCUGGGUUUGCACCAUUGAAAUGUGCUGUGGAGAAAACAAAACUGGAAAAAUCCUGCCCCUUGAAUUAUGAGGAAGGCUUUUGUAAAAGCUGUGCAGAAGAACAUCAGAAAAUACUCCUUAGUGACUCAUACCAUGCAGCCACCAGAAAUCUAGAUAUUGAAGAUGGAGAAAGACCCAUACAUAACAAAGAAAACAACCAAGUAACCCAGAGACUUGAUGAAGGUAUCUGUGAAAUGGAGGCAAUGGAAAGCAGUAAACUUAAUGAGGACAGUGGUUAUUCCUCUAUGUUAAGCACUCACUAUGCUGAUGCAAUAGAACCUGAGGAUAGUUUACCUUUGGCUGGGAACCUCUGUGGUACACCAAAGCAUUGUCUCAUGAAGAACCAAAAACAAGAACAGUUUUCAAAGAAGACACUGUUGCCAGUAGUCCAUUAUGAAGAAGUGGUUUGCUCAACUUUGAAAAAAAGUGGUAAAAGAAAUCUCAAGUCUUGGGCUGCUGUAGAUAGAAUUGUUUCUAUGGGAAAAUUUGAACUUUGUAACUUAAUUGGAAAGAAAAUGGGGCUGGAUAGAAUAGACAUUCUUGCUGAACUCUUCCAAAAGAACCUGAGGCAUAUAUUAGCAAACAUUUUAAGGCAUCUCAGCAAGAUGGAUUUAGUAAAUUUUGCCAAAGUCAGCACAACAUGGCAGAAGAUUCUACAAGAAGAAAAAGGGAUUUUCCAAAUCCAUAGCAGAGCUGUGAAAAACCUUUCUAAUGUCACUAAGGCACCAGAGCGUGAUGCAACGAGAGAGUACGUUCUCUACAGAGUGUGCUUAGCUUCCAUUCAGAAAGCAACCCCACCAAAACACUUGAACAAAAAAAGCACCAAAUCCAAAGCAUCUAGGAAUCACAGCAGGCUCACAGAGUUUUCUGAGGCUGCCAGGAACUUGAAGAACACAGAAAGCUUUAAAGCCUGCCAUCGCUGUGGCUCACCUGCCAAGUAUGACUCCUACCUCCAACGAGCAACGUGCAAUCGUGAGAGCUGUGGCUUUGACUUCUGCACCAAGUGCAUGUGCAGCUACCACAGCUCCAUUGACUGUGUCAGCAGCAAACCAGUGAAACACAGCUCCACACCAGGGCCGCUUCCUGGGACUAGGAAAAGCAAACAGAAUCUAAAGAGAUUGUGA